AUGCAAGGAGCAGUGGGAAGCGGAGAGCAGGCGGGGGAUGGAACGGAAACCGCAGUGCAACGGCCAAGUGCGCAGCAGCAGCAGCAGGAGCAACAGCAGCAGCAGCAGGAGCAGGCGGAGGGAGCACGCAAGGCGUCAAGCAGCGUGCGCGCUGUGGAGCGCGUCGCCGCUGCCCGCCAGGGCGGAGCAGCCUCGUGGAGACCUCCCACCUCGCUCACUCGGAUGCCGAGCCUCAACCGAGCCUCGGGCUUCCAGGGGCUAGGGCUAGGCUCGGGUAUCCAGGGGCUAGGCUCGGGCAUUCAGGGGCUAGGCUCGGGCAUUCAGGGGCUAGGCUCGGGCAUUCAGGGGCGCGCGACAGCAGUGCGCAGCAGGCUGCAGGAUGGAGCGAUGGAGGCGGGGAGUCGGAUACAGGGCCGCGCGUACGGCGUGGGCAGCUCCCUGCAGGACACGGCCGCCGUGGUUGGCGGCGCUAUCCAGGGCCGAGCUGUGGAGGUGGGCGGUGCGAUUCAAGGCAAGGCGGUUGCGGUGGGCAGCACGAUACAGGACACGGCAGUGGUGGUGGGGGGUGUGAUCCAAGAUAAGGCAGUAGCAGUGAGCAGCACAAUUCAAGACACAGCAGUAGUGGUGGGUGGGGCGAUUCAAGGCAAGGCGGUUGCAGUUGGCAGCACGAUUCAGGACACCGCGGUGGUGGUAGGCAGCAGGAUUCAGGGCAAAGCGGUGGAGCUGCAGGAGAGAGCGGUGGAGGUCGGUACGAGCAUCCAGGACAGGGCGGUGGAGGUGAGCAGCACGCUGCAGGACGUGGUGUCGGAGGUGGGGCAGGUGGUGACUGAGGUGGGCGUGACUAUACAGGAGAAGCAGCAGGAGAUCGCCAAGGUGGUGCAGCACACGGCGGAGGACGUCGAGAGGAGCCUCCCGCCCCCCGCGCAGGGCGCUCUGCGCACAGCAGGGUCGGGCGUGCAGGCGGUGGUGAGCGUGGUGGCACCCGUGCUGGACCGCAUCCCCGUGACGCGGGGGCAGCUGGCGGGAGCGGCUGUGGUGGUGGUGCUGUUCAUCAAGGCCGUGGAGCAGUGGUGGUACCAGUUCCAGCAGGACUCACGCAUUUGGGUGUCAGGGAUGUCGAUGGAGCAUGACACAUGCACUGGGAUGGUGAUGGAGCAUGACACAUGCACUGGGAUGGUGAUGGAGCAUGACACAUGCACUGGGAUGGUGAUGGAGCAUGACACAUGCACUGGGAUGGUGAUGGAGCAUGACACAUGCACUGGGAUGGUGAUGGAGCAUGACACAUGCACUGGGAUGGUGAUGGAGCAUGACACAUGCACUGGGAUGGUGAUGGAGCAUGACACAUGCACUGGGAUGGUGAUGGAGCAUGACACAUGCACUGGGAUGGUGAUGGAGCAUGACACAUGCACUGGGAUGGUGAUGGAGCAUGACACAUGCACUGGGAUGGUGAUGGAGCAUGACACAUGCACUGGGAUGGUGAUGGAGCAUGACACAUGCACUGGGAUGGUGAUGGAGCAUGACACAUGCACUGGGAUGGUGAUGGAGCAUGACACAUGCACUGGGAUGGUGAUGGAGCAUGACACAUGCACUGGGAUGGUGAUGGAGCAUGACACAUGCACUGGGAUGGUGAUGGAGCAUGACACAUGCACUGGGAUGGUGAUGGAGCAUGACACAUGCACUGGGACGGUGAUGGAGCAUGACACAUGCACUGGGCUGCGCCCUCUCUGCCGCCAUGCCUGCUCACGUGCCCGCUCGUCCUUCUUCCCGCCCUCCCUCCCCGCCAUGCGUGGCAGGGGCUCAAUGCACUUUGACAUCCCGGAGCGCAUCCGAGUGGAGGCGCCGUCGCCCCUGCCGCCCCCGGUGCCAGUGGCGUCCACGCGGCAGCAGGUGGACGUGCGACGCAAGGAGCCCAUGGAGUGGGUCAACAUGCUGCUCCGCAAGGUGUUCCGCAUAUACCGCACGGGGUUGGAGCGGUGGAUGGUGGGCAUCCUGCAGCCGCUCAUUGACGAGACGCCCAAGCCGCGCGGCGUGCAGCGCGUGCGCAUCAAGCAGUUCUUCCUGGGGGACGAGCCGCCCUCGCUCAGGUCCAUUGAGAGGCGCACGUCAAGACGCGGCAACGACCUGCAGUGA